AUUUAUCACUGAUCCAGUGCUGGAUACAGACACAUAGCGCACUGAUUGGACGCAGCGGGGGGACCGGCAGCGCUUCGCAUCCACGCCGCCGAGGAAACACACUUAUUGCUCGAAUUAUCUGUAUACUCUGGAAGUGCUUUCAGGUAGACAUGUACGUGCGCACUCCCGGCUUUGUUUGUUUGUAGCUCUGUGAGGAAACAACGGCUGCUCGUGCAACUCCGUUGCUCGGCGUAUCCGGACGGUGGCGGCUGUUGUUCGGCAGAUACACACAUGAGCGCCGGGCACAUCCAUCAACCCCUGGUCAGUCUCCGUUUACUCCGUGCGUUUGGAGAGGAGAUAGAAACAUCUGUCUGUCAACAUUUGAGUGACUCUCGCGCUCUCCGGACUAUCGCUGGGACGGAAGUUGCUGUUAAAAGCGAGCUAUAGGAGGACUUGCUUUUGUUAGAAACAAUUUUUAUCUUUUGUCAUUCACCGAAGAAGUUGGUCGCCGUUAAGCGAAGUUUUGUCAAUGGGAUGCUGAAACACGUCAACAGCAGGUAGACAACAGUAAGCUCACAUUUGGGCAGAGCCUGUGGCGAGCGAGCGCUCCGAUUGGUUGCCGCCUUGUGUUUCACCGCGUCAUGCGGGCAGGAUGGAUGUGAAAGAACGCAGGCCCUACUGCUCAUUGACUAAGAGCAGGAGAGAGAAAGAGCGCCGCUACACGGGCUCAUCGGGCGACAGCGAGGACUGUCGCGUGCCCACCCAGAAGUCCUACAGCUCCAGCGAGACGCUCAAGGCCUUCGACCACGACUCCUCACGUCUGCUUUACGGAGGCCACGUCAAAGAGAUGGUCCACCGAGAGGCAGACGAGUAUAGCCGCCAAGGACAAAACUUCAACCUGAGGCAGCUGGGAAUAUGUGAACCAGCCACACGCCGUGGCUUGGCCUUCUGUGCAGAGAUGGGCCUCCCCCACCGCGGCUACUCCGUUGGCGCAGGCUCAGACGUGGACACUGAGAAUGAGGGGGUGAUGUCACCGGAACGUGCCAUGCGCCUCUGGGGCAGGGGUGUAAAGUCUGGCCGCAACUCCUGCUUGUCCAGCCGCUCGAACUCAGCCCUGACCCUGACUGACACCGAGCAUGAGAACAAAUCAGACAGUGAGAACGGUAAGUGGAGCCAUGCUAGGGCCACAUGCAGCCUUUUAGUCCAGAUUCAGCCAGCUUGAACAGAAUAAAAGCAUUUUAUUUCCUCUACCAUGUUGGAAAAUCCUGCUUAAUCUGGAUGCUUUUCAGUUGGUCUAAGAAGCAAAGGUGCAAGCUCACUGUAAGAAAUGGUUGCAUUAGAAACAGCCCGAUUGGAAACUCAGUGCUGUGUAAAUAUUAGACAGGACACAUGCUGGUUAUUUCAACCAAGCUGAUUGUGUAGGAAAUGUUUUACCAAACAUGCUGGGUUACUAUAUCUAACAGAAAUAUUCUUAAUGAAGAGAAAAAAAA